UUGUAGCUCUUGUACUCUUGAUUGAUUAUUUGGCUCAAUGGUACAUUUCAUUCUGCAACGGAACUGGAUCGGCCGCGUUCAUCUAGCGCUCACCCUCUUCGGACUUCCGUACACCGUAUGCAGCUCCGGAGUUAGACCUGCCGUCUCCUGCUCGCCUGGUCAUCCAUUCAGAACCAGUCAAACCAUCAGACCCAUCAGUACCAGUUGCUGUAACCGCUACGUGACAAGCUUUCAAAAAAUGCCCUCCUCAGCAGCGCCUCACGUUAGGUCAAGAGGUGCCCAAUAUCCAGGCUCCAAAAUCAAACGCUUCCCUGUGCCUGAUGACAAGGUGGACUGGAGUCAGGUCUGGCCGCUGUAUGAUCCAGUCUGCUACACCAGCCCUUCAGUGGCGAAUAAGCCAGUAUGGGCGGACCCUGAUAUUGGCUCUUUCUCUCCGCAAUUCAACGCUGUGGACGGUAAUGUGGACAGAACGAGCUUUGAGGGAAGCUACACAGUGGAAAAUGGAAAGCCUCUAAAUCCUCACGGACGCACAGGCUUGUCUUGUAGAGGUUUGCUGGGACGAUGGGGACCCAAUCACGCAGCAGAUCCCAUUGUCACCAGGUGGAAAAUCGAUGCCAAAGGAGCAAAAAUAAAUCACUCAGUCUCCAAACAGCCGAUCCUGCAGUUUGUGUCCAUCAAGAGGAAAGACUGCGGGGAGUGGGCCAUUCCUGGGGGGAUGGUGGACCCAGGGGAGCAGGUUUCUCUAACGCUGCAGAGGGAGUUUUCGGAAGAAGCGUUGAAUUCGCUGGCCGUCGAGGCAUCAAAGAAAGCGGAAAUCCAUGAACGCAUCACGAAACUCUUCAAAUCGUCAGGGUUUCAGGUCUAUAAAGGCUAUGUGGAUGAUCCCAGAAACACUGACAAUGCUUGGAUGGAGACUGUGGCUGUCAACUUCCAUGAUGAUACAGGCAACAGCGUGAGUGAGCUGCCGUUACAAGCUGGCGAUGAUGCAGGACAAGUCCAGUGGGUUGAUGUUGACUCGUCCUUCCCCCUCUAUGCGAAUCAUUCUCAUUUCCUGCAGUUAGUUGCCAAAGAGAGGAAAGCACAUUGGUAACCAAGGACAAAAGAUUGUGGUCUGGCAUAACGAUGAAGGAAACAUUAGAGUGCUGUCGCUCUGCGUGUGUAGAGAGGGUUUAUGAUGCAUGACACCUAACCUUAAGUGGAUCCUCCCUCACUAACUGCAACAUAAUAAUCAAAGUGAUACUAGUGAAAGCCUAAUAUGCAUCUCAUUACUCUGACACGCAAUAUGUAAGUCCAUUAUACACCUGAAGUUUAAGAUUGAUAUAGUAGAUCUUGUGAAUUGAAUGAAAGCAGCACGUUGAGCUGUUGCAAGUUUUUCCGACUAUUUUAAAACUUCUGUUUCACUCGGUGAAAAGAAGAAAAACAAAGUAAUUGUGCUUAUCCAUUAAAAAAUGUUUCACUCACUGCUUGGAGGAAGGUUAACAUGUGCCUGUUAGAAGCAAGAUGCUACUCAGUGGCACACUUUAGCAAAAGACGAGGCUAACCACAUUAUUUCUGUUGAAGCAAAUUAUGCUAAUGUAUUCAAUGUUAACAAGGAUCCCAUUAACCAGUGUGAUCGUGUUAGAACAAACACAAUGAGCUGCUGAACAUAACACAUACCACAUUAAUUUAAGUGUGAUAAGGGGGGCAAUCAGAAUGAAAUGGUGCAGACUGACUUUGAUCUUUACAUGUGAAUAGAAUAUGAAGAUCUCCUCAUCAUAGCCUGGCUGUGUAGCGAAGCUCAGCACGGACAGGCUGAAGCUGGAGGAUAGACAUGUUUUCAAGUGGUAACAGAUGGUGGAUGCAAAGGCCAUUUCACACUGAACAGCCUGCCUUUCCAAAUGUUCACAUUGUUACGUGUCAUCUCACUGAUGGCCAUACUUUGCGAUGAAACAGGAAUGCAGAAUGACACCUUCAAUGGUUUGUAUGUGUUAAGAUACAUGAUACAAACAGUAACAUGCAGGCAUUUCUGUUGUCAACAGACAGCCACGCUGCAUUAUUAGCUUAAUUGGGUUAGUAUAUUCAGAGAAAACUGCUUCGUCCCACAUUUUUUACCUAGCAGUAAAACAUGCUCAUCUUUGCAUUAAAAUAAAAGUUCGAGAUUCA